AUGAUGGGAGACGCCCAGAGCUGCCUGAUGUCAGAGCUGCGAUGGCUCUGUGGGCAGGUAUAUAAGAGCUAUUACAGGCUCCCAAAUGAAGGUGGAAAGAUUGCAAAGAGGACGCAGGCUCAAAAUUGUUUUCUGCCCUUUCUCACCCGAUUUCUUGGAUCUCUCAAAGGCAGCUGGAGUAAAGCAAUGUGUGACUUGAAACUGAGGCUGGUCUUCGUUGUGUUCUCUGUCACUCUCAGUUCACUGGAUGCCACCCAAGUUGAGAGACUCUUGUCUCUGACGGCCGAUCACUCUGAUGGAACUUCCGAUAGACAGGGAUGGAUGUUACCAAUCCUCUCAAGAAACGCACUUUUGGGAGUAAGGGAGGCCCCUCCAGAACAAGAUGCAACCAGAACCAAAAGUCAUCACCUGGAGAAGCGGAAAUGCAGCGUGGCCACGUGUAUGACCAACCGCCUGGCCAACUUGCUAGCCAACUCCGUGGUCAGCAAAAACCGCUCCCCGACGGAUGUAGGCUCCUCCACCUUCGGCAAGAGAGCCAGAGCCGGCCCGCUCAGCAGAGACGGCCUCCAUCAGCUGGCUCUCUAA